UCUUCUGUAUUCACACACGAUGUGUUUAAGUGGAUUUUUAGGGAGAUCAUGAAAGAGGCUCAUAUCACACUAAAGCAAGGAACAGAAUGUCAUGAAGAUGGUUCCCGGGUUUACAAGGUAUCAGUUUACAAGCGUCCUAAUUUUGAACACACUGUUACCUACUACCCUCGGAAAGAGACUGAAAGUGCAGCAGACCCGAUUAUGGUGUGCUCUUGCGGAAUGUUUGAGUAUAGGGGAGUGCCGUGUCGUCACAUGUUCUCGGUGAUGAAAAACGAAAACAUCUUUCAUCUUCACAAGUCACUGAUAGUGAAGAGGUGGUCGAGGGACGCAAGAAGUGUUUGUGAAAUCCCAUAUCCAGACAAAGAAAUGCCCCAAGAAGCCGUGCAAGUGAGCAGGUAUGGUGCUUUGAUUGCUGAUUGCAAUCGGUUGUGCUUUUAUGCUUCAAAGACGCAAGAAGGCUACAACAUGUUGAAGAUGGAGAUCGAUAGACUAGCAGCAAUUAUGGAAGGUUCGGCGAGUGAUCAAGAAAAAGUGCAAGGUACGGCUACACCCACGAAGAAAGGUUCUAUUGUGAGAGAUCUUGUCCCAUCUAAGACCAAAGGCAGAGAAAAGAGCGACAAAAAGAAUGAGCCAUCGAGACGGAAGGUUACCUGUGGUUAUUGCAAAGGCGGUGGACACAAUAUUCAAACAUGUCCGGUAAGAAAAGAGCAUUAAAAAGCGGAAGCAGAGUUAGGAAGCGAUGACCCUCCUUCAGUAGCAACACCUGCAAAGAGAGUUGUACACCGCCGUAACUGCAAACAGGCUGGGCACACAUACGUUACGUGCAAAAAAAACAACCCCGCACGGAGUAGUGAUUCCUUGUAGUGAUGGUAUUAUGUUAGUUGUAAUGAAAACAGUAGAUGUGUCUUAUGUUAGUUGUAGACUUGGCAACUUUUGCCAUCUAUAUGGUUCGAACACAAGUACCAUUUUGAUUUCUAG